AUGGCUGGUUUAAUUCCUCUUCGUCUUACCUCAGCUACGGGAUCUCCUCCAGCAGCAAGUCACCGGGCCAGCAUCGCAGAGUUGCCCACGCACAACAUACCAGCAUCAGCCCGCCCUGCGCGACACGCACGACACGCCAGCUUGGGAUCCCUGGCGAUCCCUGUAAGAGCUUCCAGAGCGAUAAAUCGUGUGUCGUCUCCCAUGCUAGCUCUGCUCCCUAAUCUGCCAUACACGGCAGCGGAAUGGAGGAGGACGAUGGCCGAGAUCAAGCGCCAUCAUGUGAGCAAAAGGUUCCGUGCCUGCUCGGCACGUUGCACCGAAAUCUUGGAAAACCUCAAGGACACUUCUUCUGUUGAACCGGCGCACUUGAUCUACUUGCACUUUUAUGCCGCCAACUCGUUCGAGAUGUGUGCGAGGCCGUAUCCGGCUACUGCCCCAGCGAGAGCUCAGCUUCUGACUCAAGCUCGCACACAUUACGACGAGGCCGCAGCCCUUAUCAAGGCCGCCGAGACCGCCGCGACUUCCUUGUCGCGGAGCAGCUCGCGGGCAUCCGCUGGUUUUAGCGGGAGUGGCUACCACUCGCCUUCAGGGUCCAUCAGCUCGGGGACCUGGUCUACGCCGUCCACAGCCUCGCCCACCAACUCUAUUUGCUCUUACGACGAUCUCCUUUCAAGAUCUACCGAUUCAACUCUGGUUCAGCGCAAGGCCAAGAAAACGGUCUCCUUCCAGCUGCCAAAGGAGGAAAAGUUUGCAUUCCCCAGCGAGCCCAUCAUCCGUCCCGAUUCGCCGACAUUGGGUUUUGAGGACGCCUACUUCGCUUCUCCUAUACUCAGGUCCCCUCUUCCCGAGCCGCCGAAACGCCCCGCCAGCCCCGAGUCUGCGUCAGCAUGCAGCCCUGACCUUCACGCUCCCAUGCCUCGGCGGUCCAGUAUGCGUCACUCGCUCUCGAGCCAAAAUGGCUUUGACCACUUCGACGAUGAUUCGCACAGAGCAUCUCAGUCUGUCUACCGCUAUUGUGACACGCUGUUGUCACUCAAGUACCAACUACAAGCCCACCGUUCCGACGUUGACGCCCUUCUCGGCGAAUCUACCGGGCAGAUGCGCAAGGAAGAGUUCAUGGCCGCCAUCGUCUCUGAUCCAAAUGCAUCGAUUGCCAGCGAGGAGCUCCGCGUGUUGGACCGCCAGGCGCGCAUUGAAAAACUGCGACAGAACGGAUGGCAACGCAAGAGGUUUGACGCUUCGCGCUACGAAAGGCUCUGCAACGAUGUCUUGGCCGAGCUGUCAUGA